AUGGCUCGUUUGCCAGUGUUUGGUGUCGCUAGCAUCUUCGUCAUUUUUGCACACUUUCAAGUUUUGAACUCUUUCACUGUGAGACUGACGCCGAACAUAAAGGAGCAGACCUCGAACUUGGGUGGAUCGUUUGUCUCUACGUGCUCCUACGAUGAUGUCUCGCCGUCUGACAACGUGAAGAUUCAUUGGACCGAUCCUUACAACAAAACCAUCAAGGAUGUUGAUGGAAACCAGAGGGUGUAUUAUGAAAAAGUUCAUUCCGGGUUAAAGUUGUUUGUAAAGCACAUCAACGAGAAAGACACAGGCAAGUAUUCAUGUAGAGUCGUCGUCAAUGGAAUGCCGAAGGAAGAGCACUUUAAACUCACUCUGCUGCACAUUGUGCUUCAUAUAAGAAUCUUGUCCGAUAUGUUAGCUCUCACAAUUUGA